CCGAGAAGUGAAUUGAACUGACCAGUCUGCAAGUUGACGUCGGAGAGGAAACACGUCUCGUUCUAAUUUUAAAAAUGUUUACUUUAUCUGUGUUUGUUUUGCUGGCGAUAUGUGGGAGAGCUCUCUCGCAUACAUACCAUUUAGGAGCAUGUCCUGUCGUCGAGCCUAUGCCAGGAUUUGAAAUGAAUAAGAUGUUAGGAGUAUGGUACGUCAUCCAGAAAACAUCGACAGCGUCCAAUUGUAUCACAUACAACUUCACGAAGACCGACGAGCCGGGGAAAUAUGAACUAGAGCAAAUAUCGCAGCAUUUUAUUCUGGGCCUCACGCCUUUGAAACAUGACUACAGGUACACGGGAAUAUUGACAGUUCCGGACCCUUCGAUUCCCGGCAGAAUGAAAGUGCGGUUCCCUCUUAGUGUGGCUGGCUCAGCGAGUUAUACAGUGAUGGCUACCGAUUACACAACAUACGCGGCCAUAUUCACGUGUCAGAAGCUUGCGUUUGCGCAUAGACGGUCUGCCACCAUACUGUCCAGGUCUAAGGAACUUGACAGGAUGUAUGUUGAUAAAAUGCGUUCAAAGUUGUCUUCCUUCGGGGUGGACCCAUAUGAUCUGUCCAUCAUUUCCCAGAGCGAAUGUCCAAAACACGUCAACGGAACAACUGAGGGUGUAAAUAUUAACAUAGAUCCAGAGACGUUCUCGUCACACAACAUUGGGGAGGCGGUGAGGAAAACCGGUGGAGCCAUUGCUGACGGCGUAGAAUACGUGGUAGAAGCUGGCAAAAAGGUAUACCACAAGGUAGCUAAUAGCAAAGAAGACCUUACAGAAGCGCCCUCUGGUGAAAUAAGCCGGAAUUUAGAAACGGACGCAGAAUGGCUGCCUUAAAUUAAUAGAUAUACAUUAAUGUAAAAACUCAUAGACAAUCUACCUAUCUAGGUAUAUUUAAUAAUAAUCAUACAGCUUUUUAAAUAUAUUCUUCAUGGCAGUACUAACGACUUGCCAAUAGAUAUUAAAAAAAAAAAAAAUAUAGACCUAAGAACAAGGAAUUUCAAUUCCGAAAUUUUUGUUAUAGACUGAAUCUAAAUUAAUAGAGAUAAUGAACAGCUUUCAAUUCCUGUUUCAGUAAUGACAAAGUCUGUAAUUCCUGUCAAGUUUCAAAAAUAAUCAAAUUAUUUUCAAUUUUAUUGUUAAAGUAAAUAAAGUACAUAUUAUAUUUUAUAAGAAUAAUAAGUACUGGAUUGAUUUUUUUGACAAAAAUACAAGUAGUUCAAAGAUUAUUUUUUACAAUAACAUUUUCAAUAUUUCUGAAAAAAAGUUUUUGAAAUCGAAUCGAAAUAUUAAUUAUAGAACCUAAGCAUAGAACAUUAUGCAAAUAAAUCUAAAUAUCUAUUUUGCUACUACUUACUUCUAUAUUUCAAUAUUUUGCCCUUAAAAUUUCCACUCUUUUUACUGUCAAAUAUAAUAGAAAUCCUCGGAACGGUGAGGUCGCUCCGUGAGGCCUGUGAAGAACCCAGGAAGCUUCUGCGCUUCUGGGUGGAGCUAGGUUGGCUGUACUAUCCACGACUCACACGCACAACGGCCCAAAUGAGAGGCUAAGCGCGGAAAACAGAGUCUUUCUCACAUUCACAUACUGUCAAAUAUCAAAAUUAGGUCAAUGAAAAUCUUAUUGCAAAAUUAACAAUAUAAUUUGCUAUUAUAUUUUCAACAAUAACUCAGAAAUAUAGAAAUUUUUGAAAAAUUCAGACGUUGCUAUGCUUUGGUGCAAACCCUCGUAAUAAAGCUUGUCAAUGAACAGGUCUAUUAGAAAGUUCCCUUUUUUUACUACAAUACCUUAGCUUACUAUAUAGUUUAAUUGCCAUUAAAGAUUAAAUUAAGCCAAAUAUUAAUACUCAGGAAACUCAAAUGUUUUUUUUUUUCAUUAUAUCAAAAGGCUCUCAAGUAUUUUCAAAGUUACUCUUAGAUUAGAAAAUUAUAAUAAGCAAUGCAAGACAAUAUUGUAAAUAAGUUAAUAGAAAUAAAUAUAUUCUACCAGUUA